AUGUUUUUUGAGGCUUCACCUGAGGUGUUGCUCCUUUUCUCCUGGUGGCACGCCCGAACAACUCCUCAAUACGCAGUGACCUGCGUUUGCUGCAUUAUCUUUGGAUUCAUCUCGAUAGCGCUGAAGGCUCUGCGUCGCAUCUCUGAUGUCCGUCUAGCGAUGAUGGAAAGUAGAAGAAAGCCGACGCUGCUGUUCGGCUGCUUCCCCGUCUUUCACAAUGCCAUACGUGGGUGCGUGGCGUUCUUGAACUACGCCUGGGACUAUAUGUUGAUGCUGGUAGCAAUGACUUUCAAUGUUGGCAUCUUUGUUUCAAUGCUUGGAGGAAUGGCCUUAGGCUUCCUGACGAUUGGCCGCUUCCUCGACUUGCCUUUUGAGCCAACGAAAGCCAGCGGAGGAUGCGAGUGCAACGAAACCCUAAGUUGCGGCUGCCACAAGGGAAGACCGUGCACAUGUGCGGCUUCCCAGCUAGUCGUUUCGUGCAGACGAAGCAAAAUGAGCUGCGGCGAGCAGCCAGCACCUGAGCAAGGGGGUCCGUGCAAGUCCAACACGGACACGAAGUCCGAGUUCGCUGGAGUCUGA